AUGGUUGCAAUGUACACAAUCGCCGGCCGACAGGUUGGCUCACACUAUCUGGCCAUGGCUACCCUAGCAUCUGCAUUCGGUAUCCCAUACCUUCUAACGCGGGGUGGUGCUCCGAAGCAAGCGGCGACCCCUCCCAUCAAUGCUGGAAGCAAAGAUGAGGCCAAGUUCAUCGAAGAGUUUCUACAGUCAGUUGAGCAAGAAGACAAGAAG